ACGAUCACUCCGGCGAUGCUCGUACCACGCGAUGCUGGCUACAGGCCGGCGAUGCUCACCAUGACGUCGACCAGCAGCAAUGUGACGCUGAGCGGUGCAGCGACCAUCACCACGACACCGGCAACUGGCGGUAUCACCAUCACCCCCACUGGUACCACCACCACCGCAGCUGCCGCCAACAACAACAGCUCAACGGUGGCCAACAACAAUUCCAAGACGAUGGUCAGCAAUAGUAAAAGCACGCACAGCAUCGUAAAGAGCGCCAGCGGACAGCUCAGCACCAGUGGCGUUGGUGUGAUGGUCAAGAGCAACGGUACGGCCAAGGAGCAGCAACAGAAGGACGAGAAAAGUUUCCUUUGAGCUCUACUGAUCCGCUGGUAUGGCGGACAGAUAGGGAGUACACUGUUGCCUCAACAGUACGCUCUAGCUACGAACCAAAGUAUCCCAAUCCCAAGUAUGUCGUGCUGGGUACACCCUCCCCUGUACAUAGGUAUAGCGUAGGCUAGGUUUAAGUGUCUCGGUGUGUAUGUGUGUCUCUUUCCAUGUGUGUAAUAUUUGUAUAAAAGUCAUACGCGCCUGAUCGCGAGUCAACUUUCAUCACACUGGAUGGAUUAGCGUAGCUGCAGUGUAGGUCAUUUCGCAUUUCAUUAUCGGCUGCGGAUGAUCCGGAAUCCGGAGAUCCAUCCGCGAAUGUGACCGAUUCAAACUCUCAAUUAUACGCCUUUACGCUUUGCGACAAACGAUACAGCAGACCCAAUUUUUUAAACAAAACCCAAAUCCACACAAUUACCGUUUAAGGAUUCAGCUCGCAUUCAGCGCAAGUGUAGCAGUAAGUGAUAGAUACAGCUAUAUACAUAUAAUAGAUACAUAGAUAAUGAAUAUAUAUUUUUCAAACACUCAGCUCUUUACAGCUCCUACUUUACUAUUAGAGAGCUCCUCUCUCUCUCUCUCUCUCUCUCUCUCUCUCUCUCAAGUAGUUUAUUGUGGCAGCCGAUACGACAUUUGCGUUGACUAUUGGUGUGCAAGGCGAAGGCCUGUGGUCCUGGUACCGACUCAGUCACAACUUUCUCUUACGCACGCUCCAAAGGUUUCUCCAAAAACGAAUUAAUGUUAGGAUACUCUGUACCCUGGGCAGCGCAAAUCUGCCCUCUAUCUGCUAUCCAAAUGUCGACGGGAGAAAAAUAUGAAAACACACAGAACAUAGCACCAACACGCUUCACCGGGGGAUGGUCGCUUUAGUAUUGGUUUCGUGAAAAAAAACCUCCGCAAUCAUCUGCUUUCCAGCCUGAGCAUUGUGUACAUCUUCAAACCCUUUCUACCCUUCCAACCGACCAUCAGCCCACUACUGAGCACGGAUUUCGAUCGCCCUGUACCGCACCGAUUCUGUUGGUGAGCGAAUACCAAAACAAUUACAGCAAACAAACAAGUCUCAAACAGAUAAAUGAUUCAUAAGCAUUAAAUGUGAUACAAGUAGCGUUUAAAGUAAAGCAAGAGCAAAACCGAUGUAACGCCGGAUGUAAUUAGACAAAUGAGGUGGACGGACCGUGGUGGAAGUGCAUGUAAAUGCUGGCAGUAACCCGGGGUACACCAAGCGGAACACUUGUCACUGCGGUGGUGGUACCCCGGUGGCCAGAGAUAAGAUAUAUUUCAAAAUGAAAAAAAAACUAAAUUAAAAGCAAGUAAAACAGCCCAAUCUAUUGCAGCAAGCAAAACGGCGAAUGUAAAACAAAAUACUCUUAACUGUUGUGCAAAAGUACACCAGCAACUACCGACACUUCUUUCAGCUAGCUAAGAAAUACUAUUAUGAAAAAGAAGCAUUAGAAAAAAGUGAGCGACAGCGUAGCGGAAGGGUAAAACGCAAAUAUGACAUAGAAAAGCCAAAAAGUGGGAUCAACAGAUCUUGUUACGAAUUAUGCAACAAGUGUAAAACACUCUGCGAAACAUGCAAUGUUUGAAUGCUAAUACAUUACUAUUUACGGAAGGGUAAGCAAGCAAACGGGAGACACGAUGACGAACGCUAUCAAUGUGCGCGCUUCUGUUCGUUAUUCAAUCUAUACUUUCUAGCUCCUCUUCUUUCUCUUUUCACUCUCUUUUCACACCUGUUUUGUGCACAUGGUGUCAACAUUAUAAAGUAAAUAAAUAGAAGAAUAUUUUAUUAUUUUUCUAAAAAGCAGAUCGGCCAAUUGCUUUUACCAUUCUACACAAAAGAGACGAGAGCGGACACUGUUGUUGCGAGCGAGAUAAAGAGAUAAA